UGCCCUCGUGGAUGCCUCCGGGCGGCGGCGGGCCCAUGACAGACUGCGAGUACAGCCAGAUCAGCACCCACAGCUCCUCCCCCAUGGAGUCGCCCCACAAGAAGAGGAAAAUCGCGGCCCGCAGGAAAUGGGAGGUGUUCCCGGGUCGAAACAAGUUCUUUUGCAACGGGAGGAUCAUGAUGGCCCGGCAGACGGGUGUCUUCUACCUGACGCUCGUCCUCAUCCUGGUCACCAGCGGACUCUUCUUCGCCUUCGACUGUCCGUAUCUGGCCCUGAAGAUCACGCCCGCGAUCCCUGUGGUGGGCGGCAUCCUGUUCUUCUUUGUGAUCGGGACGCUGCUCCGCACCAGCUUCAGUGACCCUGGUGUCCUUCCACGAGCCACGCCUGAUGAAGCAGCAGAUCUGGAGAGGCAAAUAGAUAUCGCCAAUGGCAGCAGUUCAGGGGGGUACCGCCCACCUCCCAGAACCAAAGAAGUUAUCAUCAAUGGCCAGACUGUGAAACUUAAGUACUGUUUCACUUGCAAGAUUUUCCGGCCCCCUCGUGCCUCCCACUGUAGCCUCUGUGAUAACUGCGUAGAACGGUUUGAUCACCACUGUCCCUGGGUAGGCAACUGUGUGGGGCAAAGAAACUACAGAUUUUUUUAUAUGUUUAUUUUAUCUCUGUCUUUUCUGACAGUCUUUAUAUUUGCAUUCGUUAUUACCCACGUCACCCUUCGUUCGCAGCAAACAGGAAUUCUAAAUGCUCUUAAGGAUAGCCCUGCAAGUGUGCUGGAGGCGGUGGUGUGCUUCUUCUCCGUCUGGUCUAUUGUGGGUCUCUCAGGGUUCCACACGUACUUGAUCAGCUCUAACCAGACAACGAAUGAAGACAUUAAAGGAUCUUGGUCAAAUAAAAGAGGCAAAGAAAAUUACAAUCCCUACAGCUAUGGGAAUAUCUUUACUAACUGCUGUGCUGCCCUGUGUGGACCCAUUUCACCCAGCCUGAUUGACCGUCGAGGGUUCGUCCAGCCCGACACGCCGCAGCCAGCAGCACCCUCCAACGGCAUCACCAUGUACGGGGCCACCCAGUCGCAGAGCAACAUGUGUGACCAAGACCAGUGCAUUCAGAGCACCAAAUUCGUUUUGCAGGCCGCGGCCACACCCCUGCUGCAGAGCGAGCCCAGCCUCACCAGUGACGAGCUGCACCUACCUGGCAAGGCCAGCCUGGGCACACCGUGCACCAGCCUGACACUGGGCCAGCCCACACCGCCCUCCUCCAUGCCCAAUCUGUCCUCCGAGGCCACACUCGCGGACAUGUUGCCCCUCAAAGAGGAGCUCGUGGGCCACCAGUUCCUGACGCCCGAGGAGGCACCCUCCCCACCCCGGAUGCUGGCCGGCAGCCCGCUGGCCCACAGCCGCACCAUGCACUCACUGGGCCUGGUCAGUCAGGACUCUCUGCACGAGGAUUCUGUGCGCGGCCUGGUCAAGCUCAGUUCCGUGUGAGCCACA